AUGGAUCCAUCCAACGAGGUUUUCUCCGUUGGAGGCAUAGAGGUGGCACAAAAGAAGAUCUCACCCAUCGACGACCCUCAUGCGAAUUACAACGGACUGGACCCAUCGUCGACAACAUUGCCCAAGGGAUAUAAGAAAGAUCCUUCUCGUCGUGGCUUCGAAGUCGCAACGAUCUGGGACCGUGAUGUCGAGGUGCCGAUGCGAGAUGGGAUCAUCCUUCGCGCCGAUAUCUUUCGACCUGCGGACGCCAACGAGAAGGUCCCCGCUUUGAUUGCUUGGGGUCCGUAUGGGAAAUCUGGAACAGGCUUUCUGGGUUUAGAUCUGGUUCCCGGCCGAGUCGGAAUUCCAAAAAGCAUGCUUUCCGGGUUGGAGUCCUUCGAGGCACCAGAUCCCGCCGAGUGGACUGCCCACGGCUACGCUGUAGUCAAUAUCGAUGCCAGGGGCGUCUUCAAAUCCGAAGGAAAUCACAGAUGGAACGGAACUGCCGAGGGACGGGACGGCCAUGAUGCCGUCGAGUUCAUAGCAGGCUUGCCUUGGUGCAAUGGCCAUGUCGCUUUGAUCGGUGUCUCUUGGCUGGCCAUGGCUCAGUGGUACAUUGCCGCAGAGAGGCCUCCUCAUCUGAGCUGCAUUCUGCCACUGGAAGGCCUGAGCGACAUGUAUCGCGAAUCCCUCUGUCGCGGAGGCGUGCCGUAUCUGCCGUUUUGGCACUUUCUGAGGGAUCAUGGCUUGUAUGGGGAGAACCUACAGGAGGAUCCGAUUGCAAUGCUGGCCAAGUAUCCGCUCAUGAAUGCAUACUGGGAGGACAAGCGGGCAAAGGUGGACCUGAUCAACGUGCCUGCUUACAUACUUGCCAGCAUGUCGACUGGACUGCACACUGUUGGCUCGAUCAGGGGGUUUGAAGACAUACCACACGACAAAAAAUGGCUCCGCUUGCAUCCAACCCAGGAAUGGCACGAUUUGUACCAGAAGGAGACCAUUGAUGACUUGAGAAAGUUCCUGGACUUCUACACCAAAGGCAUCAAGAAUGAUUGGGAGGAGACUCCCAAGGCUCGAGUCUCCGUAAUCCGCUAUAAUCAGACCCCGAUCGUCAACAUCCCCUUCUCGACCUGGCCGAUCCCUCAGACUCAGUACAAGACACUAUGGCUCUCCGGGGAACAGUCCUUGGAAGACGUGCCCGGGACUGCUGUAUCAGGCAAAGUUUCGUAUCAGUCAGAUGCCCCAGCGGAGCAGAUUGACAACGAUCCUGAAUUCGCCGAGUUCGUCUACUCGUUCACUGAAAAAUCCACUCUCAUCGGUCCGUCGAGAGCGGUCAUAUACAUGUCGUGUGCCGACCACGACGACAUGGAUGUCUUUGUGAUCAUUCGCAAAGCCGACCGGAAUGGAAAGGUCCUGCAAAAUCUCAACAUUCCCCUGGACGUGCUUGGGUUAACGUCUGAAGAAGAGGUCCAAGACAUCAACAGCCUGAAAUACAUUGGGCCAUCUGGCAUUUUGCGGGCAAGCCACCGUACUCUCGACCCGAAACUAUCCAAGCCUCACUGGCUGGCCCAUGAUCACACACAGGAGCGGAAGAUUUCACCAGGUCAUAUUGUGAAGCUGGAAAUUGGGAUGUGGCCGGCAGCGAUCCAAUUCGAGGCCGGUGAAAAGCUGAUCUUUAGGGUCGCAGGUCAUCAGAUGACAUUGGCAGAGUUCGUUCCGUUGCGUGGGCAAUUCCACACAGGAAACAAGGGGAAGCAUACUUUGCACUUUGGCGGCCAGUAUGACAGUCACAUUGUGGUCCCUUUUGUCCCAAUAUGA